AUGAUCGGCUGCAAUCGCGGCCCGUUCAGCUUGGUCAGCGUGAGCGGCUCCGUCCUCUACGACGACGGGUCGCCGGUGAUGGGCUCCGAGUACGUCCUCAAGUUCGUGCCGCAGCUCGAAUCGCCCGACGGCAAGAACUUCCCGCGGGUCGGGACGGCGAAGAUCCGGCCCGACGGGACGAUCCGCGCCGUCACGACACUCAAGUUUAACGACGGUCUGACCGCCGGCCGGCACCGCGUCUACUUCCCGUUCCAGCCCGGCCCCGACGGCAAGCUCCCCGUGCCGCCCGAGUACACCGACCCGAACCAGACGCCGCUGGAGAUCGACACGGCCGACGGACGGCUUAGCCGUCGGGCGCUCGUCGCGCUGCUGGCUCUCGCCGCGCCGGCGCUGGCCGCAGACCCGACGGUCUACGAGCCGAACGUCGACCCCGGCGUCGGCUUCAACCUGAUCUCUUGGUGGAACUUCGGCUUCUCCGGCGCCACGCGUUGGGAGAACGCCGUGCAGGACAUCUACGACGCCGGCUUCCGCGAGGUGUCGAUCAGCCCGGUGCGGUACAUCAACACCACGACCGGUUCGAUCGCGACCAGUUCGCAGCGCGGGCCCGAGUUGAGCCACCUCGAGGCGGGGAUCCAACGCGCCAAGUCGCUCGGCAUGGAAGUGACGGUGAACCCGUUCGUCGAGCCCGAGAACUUCGCCUUCUGGCGCGGCCAGUACGACCCGACGCCCGGGUCGGCCGAGUGGAACACGUUCUGGGACGACUACGAGGCGUACCUGGUCGACGUGGCCGAGUUGGCACAAGACACCGGCGCCGACGCGCUGAACGUCGGCACGGAACUGCGGGCGAUCACCCGAAACUCGGGCAACAACGCGAAGUGGGACUCGGUGAUCGCCGCGGUCGACGCGGCGUACAGCGGCCCGCUCGGCUACGCCGCCAACUGGGACAACUACCGCAACGGGAACCUGACGUCGACGAUCUGGGAGAACCCGGCGAUCGACUACCUGGGGAUCGACGCCUACUUCCGCAACACGACGACCAACGGUCAAUCGGACGCGUCGGGCAGCGACCCGAACGAGACGUUCAUCUCCCAAGUCGAGGCGGGCUGGAACGACCGCCUCGACAACGAGAUCCUCGACUUCGCCGCCGACCGGCAGUCGGGCGACGGCCUGCCGGUCGUGCUCACCGAGGUGGGCUACCUUCCGUACAACCGCACGACGGUCAACCCACAGAACUCCAGCGGCGCGGUCGACACGGACGAGCAGGUGAUGGCCUUCCGGGGCCUCAACCGAGCGCUCGACGGCCGGCGCGACGAGCUCUCGGCAAUCCACAUCUGGCAGUGGGGCAUGGACGGGUCGAACGGCAGCCUCUGGAACAUCGGCGCCGAAGCGCCGAUCGACCAGCCGAACAACCUGCCGCUUGGCGAGUGGCUUUCGUCGUUCGUCAGCGACGCGCAGUUCGCCGGCGAUUUCAACGGAGACGGCGCGAUCGACGCGGCCGACUACACGGUCUGGCGUGACCAGUUCGGGCAGUCAGGCGCGGGCCUCGCCGCCGACGCAGACGGCAACGGCGCCGUCGAGCUGGCGGACUACGACGUUUGGCUGGCGAACUUCUCGCCGGCCUUGGCGACUUCGGCCGCGGUCCCCGAGCCAACCGCUCUCGUUCUGGCAGCCCUGCUGUGCGCGGGCGCGACGUGCGGCCGUCUGCCGCGCUUCAGCCAGCCGCCCGCGCCGAGGGCCUGCCCGCCGACGGUCAGCAGAAAGAACCCCGCCGACCAAGAGCAGCGUCACGUCGAGCACCGGCUGCACGAGCCGGCCGUGGACGGCGACCCGGACGUCGGGCCCCAGGUCGGUGCUGGGGCUGCCGAGUUCUCGGACGAGUUCGCUUGUCGAGGCGAGGUCGCGCCAUUGCGGGCCGGCGGCCAGCAAGUCGAACGACACACCGCUGGCGACGAAGACCUCGCGUUCGUUGAGCCAACUGGCGUCGCGGCGCGUCACGAUCUCGGGCAGCCCCUCGUCGUCGGCGCGGCUCGGGCGGCGAUCGACGUCGCGCGGCACGCGGACGCCUCGCAAGAGGUAGCCCGCGGGUCGCUGCCCCGCGGCCGGCAGGUAGGCGGCCGUGUCGCCGACGAGUUGCUUGCCGUAGGUGGCCGAGAGCCUCGGCGGCAGGGAGAAGGCCGGCUCGACGAUCUCGCGUGUCUUGAGGUUCGCGCUGUCGCCCCCCAGCAGGAUGUCGCUGACGUUGUCGUAACGCGGCUUGAGCUCGACCGUCCGCUGGCCGCUGAGGUCUUUCGAGUCGAGCGUCAUCUCGUGCCGCAGCCGCGGCAGGGCGAAUUCCCGCACGCCCGCCGCGAUCACGGCGACGCCGACCGACGCGAUCAGCACGGGCCGCAGCACGGUGAUCCGCGGGAUGCCCGCGGCGAGCAGGGCGGUCAUCUCGUUGUGCCGCUGGAUCCACGUGACCGUGAACAUCGCGGCGAUGAGCGUCAGAACCCCGCUGGUGCGAUUGAAGAAGCCGAGCGAUUGCAGGGCGUAGUAACGGCCGGCGGCCAUGGCCGAUUCGGCGAAGGAUCGUCCCUCGCCGGUGAAGUCGUCCAGCCGCCCGAAGGCGUCGAUCACCGUGUAGAGCCCCGCGAGACUCACGAAGCAGAUCACGAAGACCUGCACGAACUGCCGCAGCAAGUACCGGUCGAUCUUUCGCACGGCGAGGACGGUGCUAGCGGACAACGUGGCGGGGAAGGCGAGGGAGCGGCUGACGGCCUGACGGCCGCCGGCGACUUUUGCCCGGCGUGCGAGGCGGACCUCGAACUCUUCACCGAGACGGUCUGCCCACGCUGCUCGACACCGACGCCGGUCAACGACCCAGGCGCCAAGGACUGCCCCGCCUGUCGCGAGGAGCGGUGGGGCUUCGACGCCACGAUCGCCCUUGGGCCGUACGACGGAUUGCUUCGUCGGCUUGUCCUCGACGCAAAGCGCCCGGAGGGCGAGCCUGGCGCCGGCGCCCUCGGACGGAUGCUCGGUCGCCGGCGUCGCGGAACGCUGCUCGCGCUCGAACCGGUCUGCGUGACGGCGGUUCCUUCGCACUGGUCGCGGCGCAUGGCGACGCGUUGCGACGGCCCGGCUGCGAUCGGGCGCGCGCUCGCCGCGGAGCUCGGCGUUCCGUACACGCGGCGCCUCCGUCGGACACGGGCCACGCCGCGGCAGACGAGCGUCGCGCCCAGCGACCGCGUCGCCAACGUCCGGCGGGCGUUCUCGGUCCGUCGAGCCGAUGGCCUCGCCGGACGAACCGUCCUGCUCGUCGACGACGUCCUGACCACCGGCGGCACCUGCAGCGCUGCUGCGCGAGCCCUGAAACGGGCCGGGGCGACACGGGUGGCAGCGGUUGUCGCACGCAUGGCGCCCCAGCCACACAUCACCGUCGAACCCCCGCCCGGCACGCUCGACCCGUUCCGUCGGGCCGUGCUGCGCGGCCUCGGCGUGUUGCUGCCGCCGCUGCUGACGAUCGUCAUCUUCCUGUGGGUCGGGAACACGGUCGCGCGUUACGUGCUCGAACCCCUCGAAGGGGCGACGCGAUACGUGCUGGUCGAGUACCUGUCGGACAUCCGCCAGCCGAGCCACUUCGAAGGCGAGCCGGGCGAGACGGUCAAGGCGGACGACCGGUUGUUCCACCGCACGCCGGACGGGCUGUACAUCCCCGAGACGGUCUACGGGAAGGUCCAGGAAGAGCUUCGCAAGAAGGAAGCCGAACCGCCGACAGCGCGCGAGUACUACGGGCGUUACAUCGACGAGGUGUGGCUGCAGCCGUGGAUCGUCAUCCCGAUCUUCCUGUCGGUCUUCUUGUUGCUGCUCUACACGCUCGGCAAGUUCCUGGCGGCGGGCAUCGGGCGGUUCUUCUAUGGGCAGCUCGAAGCCCUGAUCAACCGCGUGCCGUUGGUCAGCAACGUGUACUCGUCGGUCAAGCAGGUGACCGACUUCCUGUUCAGCGACCCCGACCUCGACAUCACACGCGUCGUCGCGGUCGAGUACCCGCGGAAGGGGAUCUGGACCGUCGCCUUCGUCACCGGCGAGAGCUUGCUCGACAUCGAGUCGGCCGCCAACGAGUCGGUGAUGAGCGUGCUGAUCCCGACCUCGCCGAUGCCGUUCACCGGCUUCACGAUCACGGUCAAGAAGAGCGAGACGGUCGACCUCGACCUCACGAUCGACCAGGCGUUCCAAUUCAUCGUGAGUUGUGGCGUCGUCGUGCCGCCGCAACAGAUCACCCGCGCCGUCUCCGAAGACAAGAGCCCUCCGGUGGACGGGCCGCGGCCCGACACGUCCGCGUACGGACUGGGGAUGGGCGCUGUGCCGAUGAAGGGCGCCGGACAUCCCAACGGGGCCGACCGGGUGAGCAUGGCGACUGACGGGCCGCUCCGCCUUGGCGCCCGCGGGAGCCAACUCGCCCGCUGGCAAGCCGACUGGGUCGCCGAGCGGUUGCGGGCGCACGGCGUCGCGAUCGAGAUCGUCGAGAUCCGCACCCGCGGCGACGCCCAGCAAACCGGUCCGAUCAGCGCGAUCGUCGAUCAAGACGCCUCGGCGUCGGGUGGCCAAGGCGUCUUCACGAAAGAGAUCCAGCGCGCCUUGCUCGCGGGCGAGAUCGACUUCGCCGUCCACAGCCUCAAGGAUCUGCCGACGACGCCGGUUCCGGGGCUAACGCUCGGCGCCGUUCCCGAGCGCGCGCCGAUCGCCGACGUGCUCGUGUCGCCCCUCGCGACGAUGAUCGACGCGCUGCCACAGGGCGCUCGGGUCGGCACCGGCAGCUUCCGCCGCAAAGCGCAGCUCUUGAAUCGGCGGCCCGAUCUGGUGAUCGGCGACCUGCGGGGCAACCUCGACACGCGACUGCGGAAGCUGGACGAAGGCGAGCACGACGCGAUCCUGCUCGCUGAAGCCGGCCUCGCCCGGCUCGGCCUGACCGAUCGCCUCGCCGGACGCAUCCCCCCCGACGAACUCCUGCCGGCCCCGGGUCAGGGGGCGCUGGGGGUUGAGUGCCGGAGCACGGACCUGCGUGUGCUCGACGCCCUCGGCGUGCUCGACGACGUGCCGACUCGCCGCGCUGUGACGGCCGAGCGCUCGGCGCUCUCGCGCCUCGAAGGGGGCUGCCUUGCGGCGCUGGGCGCUUGGGCCCGCCCCGACGACGACCGGUUGCGACUGUCAGUCGUGGUCCUCAGCGAUGACGGCCGACGCCGGCUCGACCACGAAGCGAGCCGCGAGAUCGCUGGCAUCGGCGACGCCGUCGCCCUUGGCUACGCGAUGGCCGACGACCUGCUAGCACGCGGCGCCGCCGAGUUGCUCCGUUCGCGCGACUAG